UAGCAGAAAUAAAGCUUUUAAAGGAUGUAGUUGGUCAAAAAAGUAAGCAUGAUGAUUACAUUUUCUCUUUCACAGUAUAAAAGAGGAACAAAAUCUGUUUGCUUUUUGCUGUUGGCACUUCUUUGGGACAGUGGUUACGUCUUAACUAUAAAAAGGGGCGAUACUGCAGCCCAUGUGAAUCUCACGGCAUUUCAUCGUCUACCUAACCAAUGUAACGUGGAUGGUUUUAAUAAUGAUUGGUAUAAAGUGGACAACUACUGCGUCAAAUACUUCCGGAGACCUCUAAACUUCACUGACGCAGAGAACAGCUGUAGAAGAAAAGUCCCUGGAGGACAUCUGGUGUCAGUGCAUAAUUUCGGGGCUAAUUAUGAUUUGCUCUCCAUUGUGAGGAAGAUGAACCCAACAAACUUGCGCAUGUGGCUUGGGGGAUAUGAAAUAUUACAGUCUGGUAAAUUUCUUUGGAUGGAUGGUUCCUUCUGGGACUAUGAAGCUUGGACACCCGGUGAGCCCAGACACAUCUACUCCAGCAAAGAAGAAUGCGUGGAGAUGAACUGGAAAGGUGCUGGCAAAUGGAAUGAUGACUCUUGUAGCAACAGAAAAGGCUACAUAUGUGCCUUCAAACACAAGGGCAUCAUUGAUGAGUAGACUGAGAUGAUAUAUCAACCCAUAAAACAUUCAGCGUAAAUGGUUUUUCCUCUGCAUCUCAAAAAAAAAAAAAAAAAAU